UCUCUCCCACCAGCAGGGGGCGGCGUCACGUCAGCCGCUGUUGACUCUCAAAGGAGGCGCAGAAGAAGAAGCCUAAAAAGGGGCGGGGCCUGGUUGGAGGUAAAACCUGAAUUUCUGUUGCUUCGGUAGAUUUUAGUUUUCCCUCUGAAGCUCUGAGCGGAAUAAAAACUGGGUGUUUAGCUGCGGACGGACAGAAGAAAAGGAAACAUGGAUGCAGGUGAAGAACAGAACACGGGCGGCACCACUAAUGGGACUCCUCAGGCCAGUGGGAACUCCAGAGCACCUCAGAUCGCGCACAUGUCUCUGUACGAGAGACAAGCUGUGCAGGCUCUUCAGGCUCUGCAGAGGCAGCCGCAGGCAGCUCAGUACUUCCAGCAUCUCAUGCUGCAGCAGCAGAUCAACAACGCUCAACUCCACAACCUGGCCGCCGUGCAACAGGCCACGCUCGCCGCCAGCCGCCAGUCCAACACUCCCAGUAACAGCAUGUCCCAAGUGGCCACCACCGUGAACAUAAGCACCACGUCUGCAGGAGGAACCAUGACCAGCCCUCGUCCUCACGGUCCGGUGACGUCUGCGACAACCACGACUCUGAACCAGUCGGUGCUGCUGGGGGGAAACUCUGCCGCACAGGGACCCAUGUUCCUCAGGGCUCUCAGGGCUCCUCUUGCCUCUCAGCUCAUCUUCAUGCCUGGUGGUACGGCGACGGCUACCGUGGCAACCGUUGCUCAGACUCAGCCACAGCAACAGCAGCAACACGAAGGCGCCUCUACCACCGCGACGGCCCAGUCGGACAGCGAUCAGGUACAGAACUUGGCUCUGCACUGCGUUUCCACUCCAAAAGCUGUUGCUGUGAAGUCUGAGCUCCCGGAGAGGAAGGACGGUUUUCCUGUGGGCCAGCAGCAGAGCUUCCCUGCGACGGCGCAGCAGCAGCAGGUUCAGCCUCAGCAGCAGCAGAUGUCCAAACCGGGCUUCACGCAGCAGUCGGCCGCCAGCCCCCUGACCGUGAAGACUGUGACUCCGGCUGCCUCGGUGGCUCCUUCCUCCUCUUCCUCCACGGCUCUUCCUCUGUCCCAGCUCCUGCUGUCCUCCUCCGCUGCCCCCGUCCUCCUGGUGCCCACCUCCAGCGUCGCCACCUCCACCCAGGGUUACCCCAUCGGCUCGGUGGCGCCCAAACCCAACGUCAACACUCAGACUCUGGUGGUUCAGCCGCUGCAGCAGGCCAGCGCCAACGUGGACAAAGGUCCGGUUCCCAUCCAGCCCAAGACGGCUCAGGGCCACCGGCUACCUGUGCAGCUGCCCCCCCGACACCCACCUCCCAUCCUCCCAGCCCCUCCCAGCAACAGCCAGGUGAACGCUCCUCACAUCCCAGUGCAGCUGGUGGGAGCCAGGCAGGGCUUGGCGGGGAACGCUCAGGCGGUGGCGCUGGCUCAGGCUCGAGGCGGCGGCGCCCAGGACGCUGCAUCUGCUGGAGGUCCGGUCGGCAACAACACCGCUGUGACAAAACCUGCCGUUGGUUCUCUGAAGAGAAAAUCAGACUGCGACGCAGCGAACGACAUGACAGAAUCUUCAGACUCCGCAGCCAUGAAGGAUUCGGCUCCUCCUUUAUCUCCUGCACCUACGAAGGACUCAGCUCCUCCGGUCGAAGCGGCCUUCUCGUCUCCCCCCACCCUCUCGCUGCCUCUCCCCCUGUCCAGAGUCGGGGACAAAGACCGGGCUCCGGUUCCUCAGGCGGUGGUCAAACCUCAGGUCCUCACCCACCUCAUCGAGGGCUUCGUGAUCCAGGAGGGAGCCGAGCCCUUCCCGGUGGCCGGACUCCUCAAAGACAGAGAUUUCGCUCUGGUGGGCCGAACAGAGAACGGACCCCCCUUGUUGAAGUGUGAGUACUGUGGCAGCCUCGCUCCAGCCAGCCAGUUCAGAGGAUCCAAGAGGUUCUGCUCCAACACCUGCGCUAAGAGGUACAACGUGAGCUGCAGUCAGCACUUUAAGACCAGCAGAGGACGAGCUGGAGGCCAGGCGGCAGCUGCAGCUCCUCCAGAGAACUCUGCCAGGAGAAGAGGUUCGUCACGCCGGAGCAGCUCCAACAUCUCCUGCAACAAGAUGUCCAGCAAGCAUCUACCUGUCAAGUGUCACUCCGAGUCCAGCCGCUCGGAGGACGUCUCCAGCGACGGCGAGGAAGAGGAGGACGACUCCCCUUCGCUGUCUCCCAGCUCGUCUCACUCCUGCAGGGCCGACCUCAGCGCCCCUCAGUCCGACAGCUCGGCGCCGGGGAGCCUCCCGCCAGAGGGCGCCGGCUUCCUGUCGGCGACGCCGGCGCAGUGGAGCGUGGAGGAAGUGUGCCGGUUCAUCUCCUCGCUGCAAGGUUGCGAGGAGCUGGCCGCGCAGUUCCUGUCGCAGGAGAUCGACGGCCAGGCGCUGCUGCUGCUGCGGGAGGAUCACCUGAUCUCCACCAUGAACAUCAAGCUGGGUCCCGCCCUGAAGAUCUGCGCCUCCAUCAACAGCCUGCGGGAGUGAAGCCAAGGCUUUUCUUCAACAUGUUGGACUCUGAAGCGGAAAGACGGAGAUCCUCGAGCGGGUCGAGGUCGAAGGUUUACUUUCAGGAAGUCGUGUCUGCGUCCCGUCGGGGCGUUUCGCUGAGACUCGGUGCUACUCGAGUUCCUCCAGAAGAGGAACUUCUCGCUGGUCUUCAAACGGUGCUUUAACUUUAGUGAUGAAGUUUACAGUCCAUCACAUUUAUAACUCGUAGUUUGUUUUCUCCUCCGCAGCCGGGCUCCGAGCACAUCGAGGAACGGACUCGCUCGGCCCGGCGGGUUUCAUUUACUUCCUUUCUAGCAGUUAUCAGAAGUUUUAGUUUUGUAUCGUUUCCGUUUUUUUGUACUACAAUCAGAGCUAUUUUUUCAUGGAUGCAGGAUAGUUUUUAGAAGCUUUAAUCAACCUAACUACCUGAAGAAUAGGUGUUCCUGGCGGCUGGCUGUGCCGAGGGCUCUGUAUGCAGUACUACCAAUAAAUAAUACCCGUUACUGCA